GAGGUAAACUAAAAUCGUACUCACUUCGGUGGUACAUAUAAUAAAAUUGGAACGAUACAGAGAAGAUUAGCAUGGCCCCUGCGCAAGGAUGACACGCAAAAUCGUGAAGCGUUCCAUAUUUUUUCUUAUCUAAUGAUUAUAUUUUUGUUUUAGUAGAUAAACUACUUAGUGCAUAUGGUGUUGUUUUUGAAAAAUCAAGUGACACUUCGUCAUAUGAAUUACGUAAUAAUGAAAAAAAAGAUAAUCUCAGCUUUCUCAACAUAAUAUUUAACCUGUGUUCCGACCAAUAUCCGAAUCGUCAAAAUAUUACCACAUCUACGGAAACAGCGAUCCUGGGACUCUCUAUCUGUGGAAAAAAGUCGACCUAUUUCUAUGUUAGUUUCAGAAAUCCAACUAGUAGAAAAACGGUGAAUUGGUUUGGGAAACCGAUUACUGGUGACAUCUACCAGGUUAACGCUCUUUCCCAGCAUUAAGAGUAGAACCUAAUGAACCUUUUCACGUAUAUUCUCCUGGAAAAAUAAGUUUUUCUCGGUAUUUUGAGGAUAUUGUUACUAAAAGAACGUAUUUCUUUUAAAGUAACAACAUAUUCUGAAAGCUCCAUGAAAUUUUACAUCAUCCUGUAUAUUUUCAUUUUUGUUUCGACCGCUGUGUAAAAAAAUUAUUCCAAUGAAGUGAACACAUCCUCAGUACCUCAUUUUCACACACUUAAUACAAUCAUUGUUAUCUUGUAUAGUUUUUCAAGAUUUUGUCAGUAUGACAAAUAGGUUUUGAAAAAAGUAAUCACAUAUUCUGAUAGAGCUUGAAAUUCUCUAUCAAUUUGAGAAUUAAUAUCAUUAAGUUCACGUAAUCUCAUUGCUUGUACAGGUGCUGCAUGUUUUGACUUUAGAACAGAUACAUUUUCUUUUUCAUUGAGUACAUUUGGUUCAUCGAUAUCCGCAAUGUUCAGUUCAUUUAAUGUUGAAGAGAAGGUUCCUAUGUCUGUGCGUGAACAAAAACUUGUAUUAGAAGGUGAAGAUCAUCAACGUCCGAAAUGUGGAUCGGAAAUGAGAGACGGUAAACGUCAAAAGACUUUAAAGGAUGGUACAGUGUCAACAUAUGAAAUAAUGCGAUGUACAAAUAAGCAAUGUGCAAAUCAGUUAAGUAAAAGAAAAAAUACCUUUUUUGCUUUUACCGAUUCCUUGGGCAGAGCCAACUCAAAACUUAGUGAUGCGUCUAUUUUAGAAAUUAUAUGGUUAUGGUGUUUUAAUAUAACAUUGAAGACAAUAUCAUGGACCAUCGGAUGUUCAGAAGCAACUACCGUUGACUGGUGCAACUUUUUAAGAGACAUUUGCACAGAAAAAAUGAACGUGGGUGAACAAAUGGGUGGUAUUGGUGAAGUGGUGCAGAUUGAUGAAUCACUGUUUCGGGGUAAACGUAAGUAUAAUCGUGGAAAGUUACUACUCGGUAAUGUUAAUAAGUAG